UUCCUUCUGUUGGACUCUUUCUUCUUACCAGUAGGUGGAGCUUGAUUCCUUUGGCUUGAGACAAAGAGAGAAGGAGAUGAUUAAAGGGGAAGAAAGACAGCAAGAGGAGAGGCAGGGAUGGGAGGGAGGGAGAAGAGAGCAAGCGUCAGCACUCCGUGUGUUAAAAGGGCAGAUGGUAACCGCGGGUAACUGAGGAGCAAACCACUCUGCUGGCCACAGAACGAGGGAUCAGCGGUGAGAAAGAGGCAGGAAGGAGGAGAGGCAGCACAUGCAGCGCAGCAGAAGAGAGGAGAUUCAGAGAGCAGGCUGCACGCCUGCCCCGACAACCAGGAGGAGACUCAACACUUUUACUCACUGACAAAACAGCAGAGAGCCAAGAGGGAGAACUGAGACCGCAGGAGACAGUGGGAGGCAGGGGGGAAAAAGUGUCCCCUGCCAACACUUAAAAGAGAUCCAGGAAGAAAAAGAGGAAGGGGGAGCAGAAGGAGGAGGACAACGAUAUUUAGAGGAACUGGAAGAUUGAUCAAGAAGCAGCUGAGAUUUCAGGAAGAAUUUAGACUCCGGGAAAAGAGGACCAUCAAUGACAGGAAAAGACUGAUAAAUGAGAGAUGUGGGCUCAACAUCUGCAGAGAAACAGGAGAAUGUAGCAAAUUCAAGAGAGAAAAGAGAAGUGUGCAAAGAAAGUGGAGGUGAAACAUUCAAGAAGGUAAAGAAAGAAAAAAAGAAACUUCCAAAACUUGGACUAGACGUCAGAGCAGCUGAAAAAAAGUUCAGAUCUUCUGCUCCCUUCUUCUUCUUCACAAAGCCCAACAGCAAAGAGACUUCAACCAGAUGAAACCCAGUUGGAUUCAAUGGCGUGCUACUACAUCGUGAUCAGUUCCACCCACCUACGUGACGGGCAGCUGAGGAGCAUCAAGGGGGUGUUCAGAGGACCAAUCGGAGCCAGCGGCCACAGGAACACGGAGGAGACAGACUCCAGCUUCUACUGUGAGCUCUGCAAUAAGCAGUACAUGCGACAGCAGCAGUUCGACAACCACAUCAACUCCUACGACCACCACCACAAACAGCGCUUGAAGGAGCUGAAGCACAGGGAGUUUUACAGAGCACUGGCCUGCAGGAGGCAGAGGAGGCGCAGGGAGAAGAGAGGAGGGAUAACACUUAAGAGGGCGCAUCAGUACGAUGAAUCCAGCACGGGACAUUGUGCUCCGGGUUCUGGUCCAAUGUUCCGCUCCACCACUGUUGCAGUGGACCCAACCGAUCAGUCCAGACAGUACCUGCAGCAGAACUGGGCUGAUUCAGUGCCCAGCAGUGCCUCGCUGGAAACAGAACCUCAAAGCUCCUUCCUGACUGUGGACCUGGCACUGGAAACCAGGCUGCUUCACCCUGGGUGGACUUACCGCCAAAUGAAGGCUGACAACAAGAAUGCUGCUGGGGACUCUGGCGUUGUCUGCUGCAGUCAGCCACCAGUGGACUGUGACAUGGGCUCAGGUCACUCCGCUGCCAGCCCCUGUGCUUCCACUUCCACAGCCAGCCACUCCCUGUUCAACCAAACUGUCAUAACCCGGAACUGCAGGAACCCCCCUGACACAGGCUCAGUAGACACUGCCAUUAGCAGCAGGAUGCCCCUCCCAGGCAGCAGCAGGCUCCGCCCCGUCUCCUUCUCCCUGCCCAAGCGGAGCACUGUCCUACUGCACCAGGCAGCCGCCAUCUUCAUGCAGCCUGGACUUGUUCCAAGUUUAUCUGGAAAAGCCGGACCUGCAAUCACGUCCAAAGGAUCCAGAAGCCCAGCGGGAGGAGGAACCAAUCUGGGCCUUAAAUGUCUAGUAGCUACAAAAGCUGCAGCAGGUGUGAAUCAUUUCACUUCAGAACACUGCCAGAGUGAGGACACUAAAGCUCAGAGCGUGCCUACGAGGGCCCCUGAGCCUACAAGAUCCCCCGGGCCCACAGGCUCCAUUUCUGUGGGACAGUCCCAUGGGACUGGAGCCUAUCUCUCCUUCUUUGAGGGAGGUGGAACUGGUGCUCAUGGGAGCCCUUUAAAAGAAGGCAGACAGGUUUCUGAUGGGGGGAGCUCACAGUCUGCACAGGAAGACGGUUUGGACUGUCAGAUAGGUGCGAAGCCAAACCUGCUUGGGUCAGAUGUCAAGAAUCCUCAAACAUCACUCUCUGCUGUUCUUCCACUUCCAGUUGAUGCCGAAAAAACACGCCACUCUGUAUCUGCCACUCCAACCCGCCCCAGGGAGCCUUUUUGCCCUGUCCUGAGCCGUGAUUGCAGUCGGGUGUUUCUCUGGCCGACCGAGAUGAUCAACUACACCAAGAUCUGCCCCGCCAUCUCGUACAGUGUCAACCCUCUUCUGUACGACUUCAGAGCCCAUGGCAAGGCCAAAGAUGGGGAGGCAGGGAAAGAAGGCAGAGCACAGGGAGGGGGGCAGCGAAUCAAACCAUCUGUGAUCAAACAACCAGACAGCAAACAGAGGAAAGGAGACGCGGUGGGAGGAGAGGCAAAGACAGAUAAAUGGGAGGAGAGGGGGGGACAAUCAGGAAGUCCUGAAGACAGGCGCAGAGCCACCCCCUCCACUCUGGUGGGGUCAGGCUGCAGCCAUCAAUGCCCUUUAAAAUUUGUUCCCAUUUCUGCUGAGUGUCUCAAAGCAACAACGGCAGGCCAUCAAAAAUCCCAAUGGAGGAGAAGGGGGAGGAAGAGGGGGGGUGGUAAGAGAGGAAUGAAGAAGAAGAAGAGGAGGAGGAAAAGAAGCAGAGCAGCUGGCAGAAAAGGCUCUGAAAGAGGACAGAGGAGUGUGGGCGCAAAUGAGAUGAUUGAAGUAAAAAGAGAUGAGGAAGUGAGAGGAAAGAGCCCCCCUAAAGAAGAGAGGAGAGAAAAGGAGCACAGUAAUCUCUCUGAAAAUCUGUUGGUGGGAAGAAAAGAAAGGAACGUGAGGGGGGAGGAGGAAAGGAUAAAAGAAGAUCAGACAGAGCGAGAGAGGCCAGGCUGGAAUGACAAGAAGAAGGGCGAGCUAUUAAGUAAUCUUGCAGUGAGCGGGUGUAAUCGCUGGAACCAGCUGUGUCUGCAGGUGGAAAUGGAUCAGGCACAGCAAUCAGCCUCAGGGUGGGGCCGUGGGCUCAGAAAGCUCCUCUGCGGGGGCACAGAAUGCAGCUCAGUGAUUAGCCCCGUCCAUGAGUCUGUGGUGCAGAUGCCAUGCUGUCCCAAAAAUACACCAGCCCCUUCCGAGAAAGCUGUAGACAACGGAGAUGCCAGAGCGGAGAAGGAGGAUGAGGAGCAGAGGAAUCUGAGGAAGACCCAGAUAAGAGCUGUGCGGGAUACCCGAGAACAUGUCUGCAAACCACUGAUUAGUUGCAUUACUUUUACCCGUCAAGACACAGCACACCGGCAAGAAAUGAAUCUUCUCCCUGUACAUGACAGAGCAUCAGAGUGUGAUCCAGCGAUUAGCCCCGUCCCUUCUUCUUCAACAGAUACAGCCUGUAAUCAAAGGCAAACAACAACUGCAGGACACGGGGCCCCCUCCUGCAGCUUUGCACAACAGAAAGAAAGUGAGUCGAGGAUUACAGCGGCAGACAUUAUCUUCCCCAGAGAGGAGGCCUCAGAGAUGUGCCACAGGGCCACAAAGAGGGAGGGGGCCCAGCUGGAAGCAGCAACGCCGAGGAAGAGGAGGAGAAGAGGAAGGAGACAGACAAAGAGAGCCGCUGCUUCAGAGCAAUGGCAGGAAGCAGCUGCUGGUUUCAUGUCGGACCUCAGUGAGGCCGAGUCCCCACCAGACCCCCAUCAGGCUCAACGUUCAUCCAUCCUUCACACCACAGACAGCGCCUCUGCAGACCCGGAGGAAGAAAACUGCCCCUGCAACAGUGUCACGGCGCAGAGUCAGACGGGGGGGACAGCUGAACUGGAUGAUGGACGUCCCAAUGAUGGCGUCUGCAGAAGCACACAGCACAUACCUGCUUCCUGCACAGUACACCAGAGCACAGCAGCUGCUUUAAACAGAGGCGGCCACCGGGGGAGGGACUGCAUGGACACUACAGAUGGACGGCCUGUCAAUCUUACAAACACAACCUCUGACUUCAGAUCCAGGGGGGUCAGUCAGAAUGGCAGGUACAUCUGGAGCAAUGACUGCGGAACUGAAGCCGAACAUGUUGAAAGGAGCGUGGAGAAGUGGAGAGAGAAGGAGGAGGGCAGGAGGUGUGAGAAGGGGAGACAAGAGGAGUGGUUCAGAAAGAUUACAAAGGAGGAGAAAGAAAGGGAAAGGAAGAAGGAGUUACAGGUUGAGCAUCUUUUUGUUGACAAGAAGCCACAGUUUCCUCAUCACCUCCCCCAGCAGGGCAUCCCUCUCAAUGCUCCUCUCCUUCUUCAGACACCCUUUUCUGCUUCCUCCUCUUUUUCCUUCCAUCACACCAUCAUCCAGCAUAACCUCCCCCUUCUUCCUCCUUCGUCACCCCUCCCUCCCCUCUCCUAUCCUCGGAUUCUUCCCUCCUUCUCUCCUCUUACUCUUGACCCACCUCCUGCUCCUCCUUCCUCUUUCUUUGCCUCCCUCCCCUUUCCUCUUUUGGAUCCUCCUGCUCCUUAUCCAUUUGUUCCGGCCUUUCACCCGGUCCCCGGUCAUCCCCCGUCCCCGUAUCCUCCCGUCCUCCCCCUACGGGUGCUGUUCUGAGACCAUCACCGUCUGAUGCUCCAAAAAAACUCCAACCUCAUUUCUGCUCAUCAGAGAAAGGUUUGAAAACAGUGAAGGAUAAAACUUCCCAGCUCCAAAAAAACAAAAAAAAGGUUUGGCUAAUUAUCCUCAUCAGCUGCAAUCCGGCUGUAGAUGAGACUCAGGUGGUGGGAUCACAUCGGGGACACGCAGCUGGCUUUGUUUCUCCCACUAUUUCUUUUGGGUUGAAACUUGUACCCAUGAUUGCCAGCAAGGCAUGUUGGGGUUUUUGUGUGUUUAAAGAAGUGAAACCUCAUUUGUAAGCUCACAGAUUGAAGUCUCUUACUCUUAGGUUUAGGCUUACAUUUCUUAACUGGACAACUUUGUCUUCAGCCUUUUGAUUCUCAGGCAAACAUGGAAAGCUAUGUCUGAAACCCAGAAAGAAGACAAAUCCUUUCCAUGUUGAUUUGAGUUUUUUGUCAUCAGACUUCAUAAAGAAUGUGAUUGUGGACUGAAGCUGGUAAAGCAGGUUGUUUCUCAUAAUCUGAUCUUUGACCCCGAUAACUCUAGGGUGCGUUUUAUGACAGUCAUGGCUGGUGAGAUUCUCCUCCAUGUUGAUUUUGGACUCCACCCGCUAAUCACGUCAUCAGGUCUGUGACUGGUUUACACGACGUGUCUUGUUUUCCAAAGUUCAGAGCUUUGUUCAUAACUUUAGACGCGCAGUGACGCCUGAAACAUGCAGCAACCAAAGCUUAAAACAUGUCACAGGACCCUGUGAUUGGGUGGAUGUAACACUGACAUGCAAAUCACCUUUGUGUGAAUGCAGCCAGAACUCCCUCUCCAGUCAUCUAUUAAUCUAUUUCAUAGGCAUUCUUAGUGGUCUUUUAAUUAUGAGUAUAAUAUUUUUAGGCAAAAUCAAAAAAACUGUUUUCUAGGACAUAGUUCCUACAGAGAGCAGGACUGUUGGUGUGGCAUAAGCCUGUCCUCCUUUCCCAUCAUCCCUUAGUUUAAAUUCUCUCCCUAGCUUACAGCCAUUAUCAGGCUAUAUUUACAAAUUGCGCGCUCAUCGAUCGCACGCUGGAAGGUUAACCAGCUGAACAGCUGAACGUUGACCAAUCAGGGACUCAGAUUCGUAUGGGCGGUGUCCUUUUUGAAUCAUGGAAAACUCAGCCAGCUGCAAACAUAAACAUGAUUACAAAUUAAUAAUUGCAGUCUGUGCCCGGCUGGAAUUUUGUGACAGCGAGUCUUUCAUAAAUCGGAAUAGAGCUGUGAGAAAAAAUCCUAGAGUGAGAUUCACAAGACGUGGAUCUUGCUUCGCUUCAGCAUUUCGCACCAAGCCACUUCCAACUGUAUGUGGAGGACAACCACUAGUAAACCGUAGAAAAACAAGAGAAGAAGAACCCCCUCCCUGCUUGUCUAGUGCGUGUCCUGUGUGAACACCACAGGCUCAAUGUGGUGAAUGCAGCAUCAGCUGAGCCGUUUGGGACCAUCAGAUAUUGGUCAUAAAUUAAUAAAAACAAGCACGCAAUCAUCUAAUCAUCAGCUGUCAGUCACAGCAGAGCCCCCACCUCCCUGCAUUAGCUGUCAGUGGUUUGCCCACGGAUGGUGUUGCACACAUUUGAACUCUGAUGUACAUUUUUGAGGUGAGCACAGGAGAACCAAACUAUAAUGCUUCUUAAAUGUAUUUUUGUAGAUGAGAUGAUAGAGGUUGUUUUUGUAUUAUGCGUCUCACUAACCCUCCCUGUCAAAGGUUUACAGAUUGAAAAGACUGUGUCCCCUGGACAAACAUCUGCAUAGAUUUUGUCUCUGCUCUUAUUGAUGAGAAAAUGAAAAUAAACUAGAACUCCUGACA